CUUUUCUCUUUUAUCAAAAAACAGCUUACAAUGGUCAAGUUCAUCAAGGCUGGUAAAGUUGUCGUCAUUUUGCAAGGUCGUUACGCUGGCAAGAAAGCCGUUGUUGUCCGUAACCACGAUGAAGGUACCAAGGACAGACCUUAUGGUUAUGCUGUCGUUGCCGGUGUUGAACGUACUCCUUUGAAGGUUACUCGUUCCAUGGGUAAGAAGAAGGUUGCCAAGCGCUCCAGAGUCAAGCCUUUCAUCAAGAUCAUCAACUACAACCAUAUGAUGCCUACUCGUUAUGCUUUGGAAUUGGAACAAAUCAAGGGUACUAUCUCUGCUGAUACUUUCAAGGAACCUACUCAACGUGAUGAAGCCAAGAAGGUCAUCAAGAAGUUGUUCCAAGAACGUUACCAAACUGGCAAGAACAAGUGGUUCUUCAGUAAGCUCAGAUUCUAGAUUAGUUUAUGACAUUCUCUUGAUCGUACAAUAAAGAAAAAAUCACUCGUUUGUUUGAUUAAAAGCUA